AUGGCGUCCGCGGCCGCGCAACUUUCGCUUCCGCGCGUCUUCCGUUCAUCUCCAGAUGCCCAUUGUGACUCGUCGAGCCGCCAUCGCUCCGCCGUGCUUCCGCGUUUCGCGGGCUUAAAAAUAUCGUCACCAGCUGAGCGAAUAGGCGGUGAAAAUGCGUUCCGCAGUACUAGUGCCGUGCCUGGCGGAAACAGGGGAAACAGGGAGCGUUUCCGUCUUCCGCAUGCGGUGGCGCGCGCGGAAUUUGUGGUGUCGGCGGCGGAAGGCGGAACCCGCGCGCCGCAGCGGGAUCGGAAGCAGAAGCUCGCCCCGCCAAGCGGGCGCGCGGGGGGCGUGGGGAGGUCGGGGGGCGGAAAGAUUCCAUACGAGCUCGAGGCGGUGAUCAGCAAUCUCGUGUCGCUGGCGCCACGUGGCAGCAUCUCGCGAUGCAUGGAGACGUUCAAGGGGAAGCUGACCCUGCCGGACUUUGCGCUGAUCUUUAAGGAGUUCGCGCAGAGGGGCGAUUGGAUCCGCGCCAUGCGCCUGUUCAAGUACAUGCAGCGGCAGCAAUGGUGCGCGCCGAACGAGUACAUUUACACCAUCAUGAUCGGCAUCAUGGGUCGCGAGGGCAUGUUGGAUCGGGCACAGGAGCUGUUUGAGGAGAUGCCGGAGCAUGGGGUGGAGUGGAAUGUCUAUUCUUUCACGGCGCUCAUCAACGCUUAUGGGAGGAACGGCAUGUACGAGCGAUCACUCGACCUCCUGGCACGCAUGAAGAGAGAGGGAGUGGCCGCGAACAGCAUCACAUACAACACCGUGCUGCACGCAUGUGCCAAGGGCGCCAUUUCCUGGGACGGGCUCGUUGAUAUCUUCGCCAAGAUGAGGCAGGAGGGCGUGCAGCCCGACAUAGUCACGUUCAACACGCUGCUAGCAGCAUGCAAUGCGCGCUCGCUAGUAGAGCAGUCAGCAAUGGUUUUCCGCUCUAUGGUGGCUUCCCAGGUGCCGCCCAACGCCCUCUCCUACGCCUCAUUGGUCGACACGCACCGCCGGGGCGGGCAGCUGGGCGGCGUGCGUCGUCUGUUCCAGGAGAUGUCGGAGGAGGAAGGCGUGGUGGCUGACGUGUCAGCAUACAACAUGCUCAUCGACGCUUAUGCGUGGGGGGGAGAGUACCAAGCAGCUCAGGAGGUCUUCAACGAGAUGCAGCAGGCAGGCUGCAUCCCGAAUGUGGCCACAUACACGGCGCUUCUUAAAGCCCUUGGAUCGAAUGGCAGCUACCACCACGUGCGAUCCGUCUUCACCCAGAUGAAGGCCUCUGGGAGGAAACCCGAUCUCGCCACGUACCGGACGCUCCUGGACGUUUUUAUCUCGGGAGGGUUCUUCCGGGAAGCUUCCCGGCUGUUCUGGGACAUGGAGGAGGAUGGGGUGGAGGUGGAUGAAGGCGCUUUCACGUCGCUGCUCGUGGCGUGUGGGCUGGGAGGGUUGACAACAGAGGCCACCGAAAUAUACAGGUUCAUGCGGGAGCGCUCGCAGGUGCAGCCGUCAUCCUCGUUAAUGGAGGCUCUGAUAAGCGCGUAUGGGCAGGCGGGCAUGUACGACCAUGCGCUGACGGCCUUACACGAGAGCAUGGAGAUGGGACUCUCUGACCAGCCGGGUCCCUUCCUUGCGCUCAUGGAGGCAUAUGCAGCAGGGGGCAUGCACGACGAUGCAGCGUUCGUCUUUGCUCUCAUGAUGCAAGCAGAUGGGGGGAGAGCAGCCGCAGCAGCAGCAGGAGGAGCUGGAGGAUUUCUAUCAGGAGACACCACCACUACUGCGAGAAACACUCCUGUCUCGCUCGCUACCUCCACCAUCUCCUCCUCUCCCUCCUCCUCUCCCUCCUCCUCCGCCGCCUCUCCGUCCUCCUCCUCUCUCACGGGUGGUUCUGGCCCCUACCCUGCUGAUGCGUCUUUGAGAACGUUUAAUGCUCUAAUCGAGGCGUUCACUAAAGGGGGGCUGUACAACGAAGCAAUCAAAGUCAGCGAGGACAUGGAGCAGGCCAAUUGCCGGCCCUCUCUGGCAACGCAUGCAGCCAUGGUCGCAGCAUACAGCGCUGCUGGCACGUUUGAAGCGGCUUACGCACAGACCACGGAGAUCAGGGAGGAGGGCAUGGUGCCUCCUGCUGCGAGUUAUUGUCAUCUGCUGGCAUUGUGUGCAAGAAGGGGAAGGUGGCAGGACAUGCGGCGGCUGAUCGCGGAAAUGGAAGGGGGGGGAACGGGGGAGGAGCACCGCGUGGUGAGAGGGCUGCUGGUGGGACGAUACGAGUCGGAGGAGUUCUGGCCUAUCGCUGAGGACUUCUUUGGGAGGCUCAAGAGAGAGGGAGUGGCAGUGAACCGGGUCUUCUUGAACGCGCUCAUGGAUGCCCUCUGGUGGGCGGGCAGGCGGGCCACAGCACUCAAGCUGCACGCGCCAGCCACCAGCCUUGCCGUCUUCCCGGAAGCUUCCUACCGCUCCCCGACCCUCUGGUCACUGGACGUGCACCGCAUGUCACAAGGGGCGGCAUGUGUGUUUUUGCACCACUGGCUCUCCCAAGUGCAUGAGACAGCUGUGCUGGAGCCAGCAGAACUUCCACCUCUCUUCAGUAUAGUCACAAGGUGGGGUGAUGAGAGUCCCAACAAGGAUGAGGCCGAUGCAGCGCCUGUGAAUAAAGCCAUGCUGGUGUCAGAUACGACGAUCAAGCUCGACGAUUUUGUCACCAUGCAUGCCGAAUUGGAAGCCUGCCUGCUCGCCAUCCCCACGGACGCCUUGCAGGAUGACCUCGUAGCGCAGAUCCAAGCGACGCUCAAGCAGAUUCACGAUGCGUGCUUCGAGGACCUAUUCACGGCGGACAUGAAGCAGCAGCUGCAGUCGCUGCAGCAGGACGGCGGGGGCAGCGGGGGCGCGGGCGUGCGGCGCAGCAGCAGCCUGGGGACGCCCUACACACAGAGCCAGUUCCCCGCGGGGCAGCUGGCGGACGCGCUGGGCAUGGACGGCGGAGGCGCAUUCCGCAAGGAGCAGGAGGCGCUCGCGCUGGAGAAGCGCAAAGCCGCGGAGAGCAGGGAUAAGACGCAAGAGGCGCUCAUGGAUCAGCUGAUCACCAUUCUGAUGCGCAUGGAGCGGGAGCUCCCCGCCUUCAAAGAAUCCCAGGCGAAGCUCGCCCGCGAGCGAGCCUCCGCAGCAGCCGCAGCCAGCUCAGGCACCGGGCAGCGUGGCAGCAGCGGCCUCUCAGGCACCUCGUCCGUCCCCAAGUCGCCCAAAGAGCUUCUCAGCCCCACCCGCCGCCGCAUGAUGCUGCUGGCAAACGCUGUGGAUGAUAUGACUGGGGAUGCUGCUGGGCUGUCGCUUACUGGGAGCGGUGGGAGCGGGUCGGGUCGGGAGCGCCGAAGCAGACGGUCAGGUGCGGAGGGGGGAGGUGCGGGGGAGGGUGGGCGUGAGUCGCAGCAUGAUAGGUACGACUCGCAGACCCAGCAGCAGCAGCAGCAUUCGCGGUUUAGGGAUGGGGAGGGGGAUGGAGGCGGGCGAACGGACGACGAUCGGCACAAGGACCGGAACAGAGCGGUGCGAGGGGAGAGGGAGCAUAGGAGGAGCACCGAGCGUAGGGACCGAGGCAAAGACGAACCUGGUUCCGGGACUGCCAUGCCAGGCUCUAAAAGCACUGGGGGGGCAGGCGCGGGCGACGCCCGCUCCAAGUCACCGUUUGACAUGGGCGGCAGAAAGGGCGGCGACGAUUUGGAGUAUAUGGAUGACCCGACACGGGCUCGUACCGGCAGUUCGAGUGGGAGAGAGAAGGAUAAGAUGGGGAAGACGGGCAGCGGCGGGAGCUCUGCUAGUAGCGUCAGUGGCGGGUCACGUACCCGGUCUAAGACCGGGCGCACUAGCAGUGUGGAUAAGCCCGGAGGGAAUGGGGAUAUGGGGGGAAUGGCGGGGGAUUUUGGUGGGGAGGGCGGUGGGACAGGUGCGGAAUGCUCCGAUCCUGAAGCUGACCUGGCAGCAUAUGAUCCCGAGGCUCCGCAGCAGAUCGUGCAGAAUCUGCUGUUUGGGUCGGCGGAGGAGAAAGGCCGGGCGGCGGGGCUUGUCGGGUGGUACGCGUCCAUCUCAGCUGCUAAUAGGUCAACAUUCCGAGAGGCUGGUGCGGUAGACGCACUGCUGCCGCUGGCUGUGGGUGGGCCGAGGGACCCUAAGGGAGCCGAAUCCGCGCUUGCUGCUCUGUUGAACCUCUCGUCAGAUGAGAUGGGGAAGCAGGAGCUUCUCACGCACCUCCCGCUGCUGAUCCAGGCACUCAAACGCGCGGAUUUCUCCCCUGCAGCCGGCUCAUCCGCAGCGAAUGUGAUGAAAUGCGCCGCGUCCUUUUCAGACCGCGCCCGGGGGCUGGUUAUCGAUGCAGGAGCAGUCCCACCGCUGGUGAAGCAGCUCACCGGAUCGAACAACGAAGGGAUGCAUCCAGGGUAUGAUACCCCGUCCAGGCAGGCGGCAGCAGAGGCUGUAGCGUGUCUCGCUCAAUGCGAGUCUCAGCGGAGCAAGCUGGUGGGGGAGGGGGUGAUUCCCGCCCUGGCGGUGGCGCUACAGGCAAAUCUGAACAACGAAACAGUGGUCGCCACGUGUCAAGCUCUCUCAAGGCUUGCGACGGUGCCGGACGGGAGGGAGGCGAUGGGCGAGGCGAUCCCGUCGCUGGUAACCGUGUUACGGCUGGAUUACCCUGCGGCGGUGAGGGAUGCGGUGGAGGCGCUGCUGCAGCUGGCGAAGCACAGCCCGACGCACAGAAGCAAUAUCAGGAACAGCGGAGGCAUGCGGUACUUGCGGAAUGUGUUGCGAUCGGGCCCACCCACUCUCCAUCCAAAGGCUAUGGAGCUGUUGGCAGCUCUUUUCUCCUAA